AUUUAACUACGACUGCAACUAAUUUCAUUCGCUUUCAAAUGUUUUCAAAAUAUUUCGGCAAGUUAGACAUGAAACUAAAGACUAAAGUGUGGAUGGAUACAAAUAAUCUUUGUUAUUGCAAAGCUGUGAAGGAUUUUUCUUCACUUUAAUUUAAGUUUAUUUGGAUAUCAAAUCACAAAUAUUUAAUUCUAAAUCGCCACUGAGUUUUUUAUUCUUUGCCUGAAGAAGAAUAAAGUUACUGAAAAAUAAAUCAUACUCAAAUCAUUACCGUGAUAUACACAGUGAGAAAAGAAAAAUUCAUUGUUGUGCUUUCUAUAUUGUAACUUGGUUGAUACAACAAGAACAUUUAUUAUAUUUGUUAGUUGUUUCAGCUCUUCUUCUAAAACAGCAAAUAAGAUUGUGCUAAUAUAGUUGAUUUGUUUUAAUUGGCAUUAAAAUGAAAUUGUAUUGUUUAAGCUCGCAUCCUAAUAAACCAUGCAACAUUUUAACAUUCAAAGGGAUAACAGUAAUGUUAGACUGUGGUCUAGAUAUGACAUCUGCUCUGCUGUUUUUACCGUUGCCAUUAGUUUACAGCUCUCGACUCUUCAAUCUUCCUUCAUGGACACCAAGAAAUGUUUGUGAUCCUCAAAUAGAAGGGGAACUUAGAGAAUGCAGUGGUAGAGUUUUUGUUGAUAGUUGUCCAGAAUUUUGUCCACCUGAGGAACGCAUUGUAGAUUUCUCUCAAGUUGAUGUAAUUCUAAUCUCUAACUAUCAAUGCAUGAUGGCUCUGCCAUAUAUUACAGAAGGUACUGGAUUUAGGGGUGUUGUGUAUGCAACAGAGCCUACUCUUCAUAUAGGAAGGCAGUUCAUGGAAGAACUUGUUACUCUAAUUGAAAGAACACCAAAGAUAAGAUCAGCAUCAAGAUGGAAACAACCUCAGGUUCUAAAAAAUCUUCCACCUCCUCUAAGUGAAGCUUUAAAACCUAGAAGCUGGAAGCAAGUUUAUUCCAUGAAGGAAGUAAACAGUAGCUUAUCUAAAGUUCAGGUUGUUGGCUUUGCUCAAAAAUUGGAUGUAUUUGGUGCUUUAAAAGUAUCAGCAGUAAGCUCUGGUUACUGUCUUGGUAGUUGCAAUUGGAUCCUUUGGACAGCACAUGAAAAGAUUGGUUACAUUUCAUCAUCAUCAACUCUAACAACUCAUCCAAAACCCAUGGAGCAUUCUCCUUUGAAAAAUUUUAAUGCAUUGAUUCUUACAAGUUUGACACAAACACCAUUAGCUAAUCCAGAUGCAAUGCUUGGAGAAUUGUGUGCCACAGUUUCUCUGACAGUGCGAAAUGGAGGAAAUGUAUUGAUACCAUGCUAUCCAUCUGGUGUUACUUUUGACUUAUUUGAGUGCUUGUCAUCACAGUUAGAAUCUACUGGAAACUUAACUGUACCUAUGUUCUUUCUCUCUCCUGUUGCUGAAAAUUCUUUAGCUUACUCUAAUAUAUUAGCUGAUUGGCUAACUCAAAGUAAGCAAUGUAAAGUAUAUACUCCUGAAGAACCUUUUCCUCAUGCUCAUUUAGUCAAGGGUGGAAGAUUGAAAGCCUUUUCUAGUUUAAAAGAAGAAUCGUUUAGUCAGGAAUUCCGUACCCCGUGCGUUGUUUUUGCGGGCCACCCUUCCCUUCGUUUUGGAGAUUGUGUGCAUUUCAUGGAAUUGUGGGGAAAUAAUCCUAAUAAUGUUAUCAUUUUUACUGAACCUGAUUUUCCUCAUGUUGAGGCACUGGCACCUUAUCAACCGUUAGCAAUGAAAGUUGUGAAUCUUCCCAUUGAUACAAGCCUUAGUUUCAACCAAGCUAAUAAAUUAAUUCGAGAACUAAAACCUACACAUCUAUUGUUGCCAGAACAGUAUAUUAUACCAUCUCCAGUUUAUAAGCAUAGACCUGAUCAGAGCUUAAAUGUUGAAGCUGAUUGUAAUCUUAUUCCUUUCAAACGUGCUGAUAUUGUGAAAAUUCCUGUCAAACGAAGAUGGGAGCAAAUGAAUAUGGAUUCGGAACUUGCUGGGACUUUGAUGCCAAUUGAAGUCAAACCUGGAACUUUUGUGUCAACAUUUACUGGACAAGUUUUAGUGAAAGAUAACAAAUUUGACUUGAAAGAGAUGCCAGAAGAAUCUGAAUCUAAAGAAAAAGGAAUUAAAGAAAAUUGUUAUCCUAAAUCUUAUGCUUGUGAUUCUCUUGACAUUCCACUCUUCAUACAAAAAUUGAAUAAAGAAGGAAUAACUGAUGCCAAAGUGGAAGAAAGAUCUUCUGGAUUUAUGAUUGAUUUGCAAAGUCAUGAUAUCUUGAUUCAAGUUGAUGAUCAUUCGACUCAUGUCAUUUGCGAUGGUAAUUCUCCUAUUCGCUCCAAACUUCAUGAUUUAUUAUUGGAGAGUUUAAACAAGAUUUGAUGAAUUAGAAAUGUUUAAGAAUUCAUUUGUAAAAAUUACAUAACAUUGUUGGAAGUGUGUAUAUAUUUUUAUAUAUAAAAAUGUUUCAAAUUUC